CUUCCUAACCUAAGACUCACACCGGAUGUACCAGGUAAUGUUGUUGGAUCAGUCAACGAUGCAUAUGUUCCACCACCUACAGAGUUUAGCGAAGGUUCUUUUCAUUGGGCUUAUGAAAGAUUGGUAGUACUUGGAAUGACUCCGCUUGUUGUAUUUCCCUUUGUUGCUGGUGUUGAUUAUCCCCUCAUCGACGCGACAUUGGGUGUCUUAAUUGCUGUACAUUCAAGAUACGGAUUCCAAAGUUGUAUUAUCGAUUACAUCCCACUCAGAAAAUUUGGAAACUGGCAUAAGCUUGCUAUGUUUUUCUUGAACAUAGGCACAUGUUUGUCUGUUUACGGUAUUUACUUACUCGAAACUGAGGAGAAUGGUAUCUGCGAUUUAGUCAAAAGAAUCUGG